AUGACACAGGAGACGAUGUCCGUGGCGUCAAAUAUUAAGGCGACAUUACUUGAGUCACCAACCCCAAGAAAAUACCGCAAUCGCAAGAAAGGACGACGAAGUGGGUCUUUGGUCGAUGAAGACCGCGAUGAUGACGAUGAUGAUGAGGAGGUGGUGGCAGUAGUAUCAUCUAUAGCUCACAGUAGUAGCGGUGACCUCAUCUCACUGUCACUUUCUGCAGCGACGGAUGUAUCUGAAAGUUUUGACUUGGAAGAGGCCUUAAAAAGCUUGGCUUUAACCCAGACUGCGGAUAAGGAAACGGUUAUUGUCGACAGUACGGACAAAAAGAACGGAUUAUUGAUGCUGCCAAUACAUCCAUCCAGCGGACGCGUGCCACGGACGCCUCCAUCCACACCGGAACCGCCGUUAGUGAUUUUUUCGGAUAAUGAGCAAUCGGAGGUAGUACCCAUGUCAUCUAAUGUUUAUCAUUUACCGUCGAUAAAAAUUGAGGCGUCUCAAGAGGAACACAGUCAUAAAACAGAACUCGUAGCAACUUUGACUGAUGUGACAGGGCUUGCUGCUGCAUCAAAAGAGUCGAAUACGGUCGAAUUGGUGGACAGAAAUGAACAAGUUUUAGACCAUGAGAUUUUGCUGAGUGACAGUCUAGCUGGCAUGAGUCUUACGAAUGAAAGUAUGCAAGAUUGUAAAACUGUGGAGGCUCAAUUCGCGGUCGGAACUACGCUGAAAUGUAUAGUAAAGGACUUUGCUAGUGAGCAAAUGCAAUCGCUCACUGGAACUGGAGAUGUAGACAUUUCUAUUUCAGAGUGGGGCUUCCAUCCACCAUCAGCGACAUCAACAGAGUUUGCCCUACCAGCUCAUCAUUUGAUACAAGAACCAGUUGAAGCUGAGUUAUCCCCUGUUGAAAAUUUGACACAGCCGAUGCCAAUCUAUGAUUUGAUGGGCUCUUCAUCCAUAUCUGGAUUAAAUUAUGCAUCAAAUUCUAGUCAGCCAGUGCUUGAGACACUAUCGACGACGGAUAAUUCUUUGGCACCAUUUGGAGACAAGAUGUUUCACAAAUUGUCGCAGUCUCCUUGCCACAACAAAAGAAAGGGCGACAUCCGGGAGUCAAAGCUGUACAACAAUAUAAACACAGCAUCGAAGUCAUGUACGAAGUCCGUUUUAAAGCCGCGCUCAGCGAAGCGAAAAGGUGACGCCUCCGAUGUCAAGCCUCCACCUGCACCUGCAUCAGCAUUCACGAGUGGAAAUCAUUUAAAGCGAUUGAUUUCGCGUACCAAGAUCAAUGAAAGUCAACCGAAAGCUAAAUUCGAGGUAGUUGCUGCACGUUCAGAGCCAGAGCUAACGAAAGACAGUAUGAUGCACCAUACAGCGAAAAGCAUUACACGAAUUAAAGCAGCUGAUGCCCGCAAAACCUUGUUGAAGAGUACUGCCGCGAAAACCAGUUUAUCUCGCAAGCCCACGAGGACUAAAAUGACGACAAGAUUAUCUGUACGUGGGGUUGAUCCCGUGACGUCUGGUCAAGACGAAAAAAUGGUUAUCAUUGCACAACUGGAUCCGAUUGCAGCUGAAGAACUAUAUAACAGCCAGCGAAAUGUCAAGCGGCGACUGAAUGCAGCAGAUGCCGAAGCCGCCAGCAACCGGUUGUAUGCGAAUGCCAUGGAGGCAAAGGCACGUAAAGAGUCUAAGCGUGAAGAAUUGCAGGAGAUGUACACGUUUGCUCCGCAAGUAAACAAGUAUAAGCGACGCAUGAACACUGAGGAAUCAGAGGACAUUAAGAAUAACCAUUUCAGUCACCUGCACGCUCAUGCCAAGAAGUUGAUCGAGAAGAAACGCGACCUUCAGCAGCAGCAUGAACGGGACGGGUGCACCUUUGUUCCUUCGAUUUCUAGACGAGCCAAACAGUUAACUCAGCCAAACAGGGGCUCGCGGUACGAAAACUUAUACAAAGACGCCGAAGAAAUAAAGCAGAAACGUGAGAUGAAGCUUUUGGAGCAGAUUAAAACAAAUGAAGAACAGUGUCCUUUCAGACCUACAACUGCGAUUUCUAGGGCACAAGUAAGGACACGACCCCUUUAUGACUCUGAACGCGAAAAAUCAAAGCGACUAGCUCGUGAACAGCAAAAAAUUGAUUCUGAGUUAAGCAAUUGCACCUUUAAGCCGCAAGUUCUUUCAGCAAAGCGUUUAAAAUCCAGGGCAGAAAAUUUAUCAACUGCUACAGCAGACACAGCCGCAGUUGCAGACCCAUUUAGUCGCCUCUACCAAGGAAGCAUUGAUCGAACCGAGCGACUUCUUAAGCUUCGUCAAGAACGUGACGAACAAGAAAAGGCGCAAGCUCCGUUUCAGCCGAAAAUUUCGGCUAGGUCGCGGACGCUCAAGGUUAAAGCAAAAGAGCCUUUUUAUGAUCGGCUUUACAACAAAGACUAUUACAUGCAAGUGGAUGCACAACGGGAGCAGCGCCGUCUUUAUGGGGAGCAGCAGUUCACGUUUAAGCCUGAUAUCAUCGCGCCUCCUAAAGAAAUUCAAAUUAAAAUCAAUGAACGAGCUAGUUCCGAUAAGAGCAUCUUUGAGCGUCUGUAUGAUCAAAAAGAUAAGGUGAAGGAGAAAAUUGAGAUGAGUGAGGAAUUGAGGCUUCUGAAUGAGCUGGCCGAGUGCACAUUUCGACCUCAGAUCGGAGUGGAUGCUGUCCUGAGCAAUAGUGGGCCGACUCCUCCCGUUUGGGAACGACUUUUGAGCUACGACAAAUCCCAGGUGAUUGAGGAGCGUGAAAAGCUGAAGGAGCAGUUGGAAAUGUUGGAAUGCACCUUUAAGCCUGAGGUAUAG